GACGUGUUAAUAUUGCGUUAUUUAACUUUUAAAUAAUAAUAUUUAAUUAACAAUUCGUCAUAAAAUUCGCUAUGUUGUCAAUUAAUACAAUUAACCAAUAAAACUCUCAUCUGGCAACUACUAAUUAAUCAAGUGGUAUCAUCUCUUGGAAAUGUGAGACAAAUUUCAGUUAGCCAUGCUGACUAAUAACGACAAAUCGCUCAUGGAUGACAGCCGCGAGCAAGUCUCUUCGCAGCUAUGCAAGGAGCACUAUUUGCUCUUAUUGGAGUUGUACGUGAAACAGGCGUCGGGCGACCGCCUGGCUAAACUGAAUCAAAUGUUCUUUGUACCUACCAGCGUUCACUUUGGAUUUCUCGACUUUGUAAACGAGAACGACUUAAAGAUCACUCCGGUAGAUCCUCUUUUCCAAUCUGCGGUUAGGACGAUCGAUGACGUCGAGGUCUUCAACGUCGGGAAAUCGGUAUUGUUCGCCGUCGAUUCCGAGGCGAUGAUGAACCGCGCCGUAAAAAUGAUACUGAAGAUCACGGCGAAAAAGCAGAUGCCGGACGCCAUCAAGCCGGAUGUCGUGGUGGGUGCCGGCGAGCUGGAUCUGUCCGGUCAGUACGCUGCUUUGCGAAUAGAGAUGAUACAAGAUUGGAAAAGUGGCAUCGCAACGUCCAAGGAGUUUGAUGGUGAAGUACCGUUGAUUUACAAUGGCAACUUAUCCUGCAAUCUGGAUAUUUUUGUGAGGAUGUCUGGCUUCGGGCAGAUGAUCGUCACGGAGUUUGAUGACCCAGUCGCGCGAGACUCUUCAACGUUCGUCUUUGGCACUGAAGAGACCGAUCGGGUCUUAUUAUACAAGUGUCGCGAGGUGGAUUCCCGCAUCGAUCUCUUCGAAGAUUCCAGUGGAGAUCUUCAAAGUCCGAUAACUUGUCCCGUGUGUAUGCCGGAGAGGUAUCCUUGUGUACCAUGUGGGAAAUUAGGGGCCGUCGAGGAAGGAGAUCGAGACGUGAGAAGGAAAGAAGACGAUAGGAUUAUAGAAAGGAGAUUAAAAGAUAUACCGAUAAAGAGCUUUGACCAGGACAAACGCGAUACAUCUCAGCUUUGCGGCAAACCGGUGGUUCUCAAAGUGUCCGGUCUCUUUGAGAACGGCGAUGGCAUUGGCAAAAAGAAACCGACAGUGACGGUUGCUUCAGAAUCCGUCGCGACGAAACCAGGCGAUCCAUCCGAUCCCGACUACGAUAUUUUCGUUCUGAGAAUCGGCAAGAAAGGCCUCGUUGGCGUCGGCGAGAAAUCUGACAUACAACUGGAGAUGAAAACCCCGAAAGGACCUGAGAGAAGACCUCCGAUUAGAUACGAAACCAGAGAUGUGCAGACAGAGGAACGCGACGAUGACAAAGAGAAAAUAAUAACGCCAAAAGAGAAAAAGAAGAUUAAGAAGAAAAAAUGAUAU